UAUCAGGUGGAUGGUUAUGAAUCGGGAGGUAAUGUACAAGGAAGUACUGAUUCGAAUUUGGUUAAUGAUGGAAUGGCAGAGGUUUCGUACCUACAGAAUACCGCUCAGUCUGUUUCUGGUACCAUGGCUGAGAGUGGUACGACUGAGAGUGUAACUAAUUGGAAUCAGGUUUCACAUGUAAACGAUGCUGCUAAUGAGAAUGUGGCGAAUUGGAAUCAGGCUUCGCAGGCGAGUGACAAUAGUGGUGCUGUGACUGAUUGGAAUCAAGCCUCGCAACUUAAUAAUGGGUAUCCGUCACAUAUGAUUUUUGAUCCUCAGUACCCUGGUUGGUAUUAUGAUACAAUUGCACUUGAAUGGAGGUCUCUGGAGAGCUACCCACCACCUGUACAAUCUACUGUUCAAGGUGAGAGCCAGUUGGAUCAGAAUGUUUUGGCUUCACAGCAGACUUUCUCUGACAGCAAUGAUAAACAGAAUUACGGUGCAUACGGGCACAAUGACAGUAGUAGAUUCCAAGGGUUUAGCAGCGGCGGAGGAGAUUACAACUGGUCUGGCUCUUCUGGUAAUUACAAUCAGCAUCAGCAUAGCUCGAAUAUAUCACAAAAUGAAAAUGUUGCAUGGAGUAGCCCUAUGGCAGAAUAUAAGGGGAACCAGCAAUUAGAGAACAACUACAACCAAGAUUUUUCUGCAAGCAGCCAUGUUAAUAAGCAAAUGUCUAAUCAUUAUGAGGGAACGGUUCCAUACAAUGCAAACGCAAUUCAAAGUCAAAAUGACCAACGUUUUUAUUCUGGUGGGGGUUUCGGUCAGCAAUUUAGUCAGCCAGCACUCCAGCAACACGAGCAGAAGCAUGCUUCAAGUGAUUAUUAUGGGAGUCAGACAACAGUUAAUUAUUCCCAGCAAGCAUUUCAGAGUAGCCAGCAGUUUGCUCAUGCUCCCGCUGCAGGAAAAUCAUCUGCUGGCCGUCCACCACAUGCUUUGGUCAAUUUUGGUUUUGGUGGAAAACUGAUUGUGAUGAAAGAUCAUAGUUCUUUUGGGAACCCAUCCUUUGGAAGUCAGAAUCAUGUAGGAGGGUCGAUAUCCGUGCUCAAUUUGAUGGAUGUUUUCUCUGAGAGAGUUGACAGUUCAAGUCUUGCAAUGGGGGCAUGCGACUAUACCCGAGCUCUGUGCCGACAAACAUUCCCUGGUCCUCUAGUUGGUGGAAGUCCUAGUAUCAAGGAGUUCAAUAAAUGGAUUGAUGAGAGGAUUGCAAACGGUGAAUCUCCUGACAUGGAUUACAGGAAAGGCGAAGUUUUGAGGUUGCUUCUGUCAUUGCUAAAAAUAGCAUGCCAAUAUUAUGGGAAACUUCGUUCUCCUUUUGGUACU